AUGUCAUUCAAACUCGACUCUGUGCCCUACAAAAAACAGGAUCUUCCCACUACGAGGGACGAGAUCGUAACGGUAUCUAAAAAGCUUAUCGAUGAGGUAUGCACCAGCUGGAAAAAGGGAAAGUCUUACCAUUAUACUCUUAAAACAAACCCAACGUUGGACUCCGGGAAAAUAGAAGUCAAAACAUACCACACCAACCGCGGCAGAGAGUACUGGCUAAGCCGUGUUAGUGAGCACCAUUUGGAUAAUUCUACUUACGAGCGUUUGGUUAAAGUACUCAAUGGAAGCGAAAAAAAGGGCACCCAAUGGGUUUUGCCAGAUAAUACAGCACGUUCUCAUGCUGAAAAGGAAUACAUAGAGACACUCAAUCGGGUGGAAAUCUUGGAGACCACCCCUUCCGGCUGGGUAGGCGUGAACCUCGAGUACGAAAUGGGAAAGCCCUUGACCACUCGGGAGUUCAACGAAUGGGUUUACGUGGUGCCUCCAUUCCAAACUGCAGAUCCAAACGUGGAAACUGGUUUGGUUGUUAGCGUCGUGGCUGAUGCACCCAUGAGAGAUCCAAUAGCGCAUACAAACGCCUUCUACGUCAGUGUAGAAUCGCUGGACUACAAUCGCGAAUCUAAAAAACUGGUAUGGAAAAUGGCCACCACCAGCGACGCGGGUGGAAACGUACCAAAAUGGAUCCAGAAUUCAAUGAUUGCUAAAACGGUGUCGAAAGAUGUAAGCUUCAUGUUUGAAUGGCUCGGAGACGGUCAUGACAACUACUUACAUAGCCAAUAG